GCCCGGCGGGCCUCGCGCCGGCGCCCUCGCUGCUGGUGUCCCUGAGCGAGCUGAGUCGGCAGGGCGACUGGUUUGCUGCAUGUGAGUCGCUGUCGUCGCGCCUGGUCUCGCGCGAGGGGAGCAUCACCGACGAGCAGGUCCUGCGCGGGCGGGCGCCGUCGCGCAGCUCCGACGCGCUGCUGUUCAGCGUGCCCGACCACGCGGAGGUGAGCCGCUGUGCCUCGCUCCUGAGGGCCCUGGCCGCCACGCGGGCCUCUGGCCAGGAGACGCGAGGCCGCCGCCGGAGGGCGCGUGGGCCGAGGAGGCCUGCGGCGACCUGGCGCACGGCUUCCUGA